UUCAUGAACGACAGAGCAGCAAGGAACGCUGGCGCGCCUGGCAGCGGCGGAGUGCCGCAACGAGGCAACUUCAGUCUGGAGGCAGACAUAUUGAGUAAGCUGCGCGACGUCCCUGUCAAGAUCGUCGCGGCCGACACGAACGCCGAACUGUUGCAUGACGUGCUUGCGUCCUUGCGCCAGAAAGCCCUCGACUUGCAGAACGACAAGUGGAUGUACAAAGAGCUUUCAUUCCUUUGACGGUACCAACCCUUGUCUUGUCCAGGAACCUUACCGAAUACUAACAUGACAUGCUACAUCGACGAUAGUUGCCAUUGGGGUCUGUAGCAAAGGUGUUAAUCACAAGGGACGCCCGAUGCGAUUUAUAGUUAGGACUAAUAACUGG